CCCGCCACCCGGGCGCGCGCUCCCGGGGCGCGUCCGGCGGACGGGAGGGAGGCGGACCGUAUCUCCGCGCUGGUCCCUAAAGAGGGUGUCUCCGGGCGCCCCUGGCCUGAGCGGCUCCCGCCGGGCGGCGGCGGCGGCGGCGGCGGCGGCGACGCUUGCGGACCCUCAGGGACCGAGGACGAGGCCGCGGGACCGCGCCCCCGAGUAGCAGGAAGAGAAUGAAAGAAGUAGAUAGUCUUGACAGUAUAAAAGAAGACUGGGUUUGUGAAACAGGACCCCCUGACAAUCAGCCCCUCAAUGAUAAUCAACAAAGGAACUGUGACUAUUUUGUUGACAGCCUUUUUGAGGAAGCAGAGAAGGUUGGUGCCAAAUGCUUGUCCCCCACUGAACAGAAGAAACAGGUAGAUGUAAAUAUAAAAUUGUGGAAAAACGGAUUCACAGUCAAUGAUGACUUUAGAAGUUACUCUGAUGGUGCAAGUCAGCAGUUUCUGAACUCCAUCAAAAAGGGGGAAUUACCUUCAGAAUUACGGGGAAUUUUUGAUAAAGAAGAGGUGGAUGUUAAAGUUGAAGAUAAAAAAAAUGAAGUAUGUAUGUCUACAAAGCCCGUGUUCCAGCCCUUCUCGGGACAGGGUCACAGACUAGGAAGUGCUACACCAAAAAUCGUUUCUAAAGCAAAGAGUAUCGAAGUUGAAAAUAAAAGUGCCCUGUCUGCUGUUUCACUGAACAACUUGGAGCCCAUCACCAGGAUCCAGAUCUGGUUGGCCAACGGGGAAAGGACUGUCCAAAGAUUUAAUGUUUCUCAUAGGGUGAGCCACAUCAAAGACUUCAUUGAAAAAUACCAAGGAUCUCAGAGAAGCCCCCCCUUUGCCCUGGCAACGGCUCUUCCUUUUCUCAGACUUCUGGAUGAGACGCUGACAUUGGAAGAAGCAGAUUUACAGAAUGCUGUAAUCAUUCAGAGACUCCAGCAAACCGCGGAGCCUUUUAGAAAACUCUGAUAGUUUUGAGUUUUGAGAGACUGAGAGAAGUGAUGGUUGGAAGUGGACAUGCAGAAGUGGGAGACAGAAGUCAGUUUGCCUGAGCUUGUGGUUUGAGUGCUACUUAAUUCCUUAGGAGGGUGUUUAAAUAAUCACAAGUUAGGAGAGCAAUGUAUGACUGGAAACCACAGUUAAUGCACUUUUCUCAAAGGCCACUCAGAAAAAAAUGUGUGUCUUCAAAUAGUAGUUAACCAACAUGAUAUAUUAAAUAGCUACAUAAUUAAUCUUCAUGUGGUCUAAAUUAGCAGAGUAUUAGCAUUGAAACAUUACUUCCAAGUAGCAGAUAUUAAUAUGUUAGCUCUCUCAGUUUUUAAAUAGCAAUACAUUAAAUAUUGUACAUGACAUGUUAAAAGCAUCAAUGUUAUCAUUGUAUUGCCUAUACCCAACCCUCACAGCUUCUCAGUUUUCACUCUGUGAUGGCAAGAGAUAUUCAAGUAUUAAUUUAGCAAGAGUAUCUAAGAUGUAUAAUCUUUUAGGAAUAAAAUUGUGUAGCUUAGUACAAUGUUAGUAUUAAUGUGCCUACACACUUUUCUAUACCUUCUAUAUGUAAUUUUAUGGGCUGAGGUAGAUGGGUUCAAUGGUAGAGUGUUUGCCAAGCAUAUAUGAGACCCCAGGUUCAAUCAAUCCCCAGCAAAUUAAAAAAAAAAACAAAAAAACAAAAAAAACCUUUUAAAUAUGAAAUGUAAAAGCAUUCACAAAAAUUCUCCAAGAACCACAGUUGAUUCUCUUCCUACUUUCUUCCCAAAAACUAGGAAUUAAUUUUUAGCUAACAUUUGUAAUUAGCCAUUCAUUUGCACCACUCAACUAAAAUCUACUUUAUCAUAUUACAGAUUUGUGAAUGUUUCUUCAGUUCACAAAAAGUACACAUUUUCUACUUCAUAUCACAGUAAACCUGUAUAGACAUUCUAGGAAACAUGCUUAGUGUAUUAUACUUUUAACUGAAAACCAAUUAUGUUUCAAUUUUCAGAUUAAAUCCCCGUGUUUGGAAAUAAGUUAAAUGAACUAUUUUGCAUAUGAUCUAUUGAAUUAAACUUUAAGUAAUUAAAAUAUAAAUAAAAAUUAAUAAAAACAAAAGUGAAGUAUAUAUUAUAGCAAGGAUUAAGUGGCCCAUACCAGCAACAGUAUCCAUAGGGUGCUGGAUGUAUGCUAUAAACCUUUUAUGUGAGUGAACUAUUUUGCAAAUGGUCUAUUGAAUUAAACCUUAAGUAAUUAAAAUACAAAUAAAAAUUAAUAAAAACAAAGGUAUACAUUGUAGCAAGGAUUAAGUGGCCUAUACCAGCAACAGUAUCCAUAGGGUGCUGGAUGUAUGCUAUAAACCUUUUAUGUGAGUUAUAUGUAUAAUAGUAUUAAAAACUCAAAGUUUGGCCAGGUGAUGGUGCAUACCUUUAGUCCCAGCACUCUGGAGGCAGACACUGGCAGAUCUGAGUUCGAGGCCAGCCUGGUCUACAGAGUGAGUUCCAGGACAGCCAGGGCUAUAUAGAGAAACCCUGUGGGGUGUGGGGGGGGGAACCUCAAAGUUUUCAGAUAUUUAUUCCUUUAAAAAUAAUAACUUCCAAGCUGCCCACAGUGGUGCAUGCCCUGUAGCUGUCACUCACACCCUCACAGCAAACUGAGAGGGGAGGGUCACUUGAGCCCAGGAAUUCAGAUCGGCCUAAGUAACACAGCAAAGUCCUGUCUCUAUAAUAACAACUUUCAAUCCUGGAGGGGUGGCUCAGCAGUUCAGAGCACUGGCUGCAUUUGCUGUGGACCCAGGUUCAAUUCCCAGCACCCACACGGCAACUCACAAUCACCUGUAACUCCUGAUUCAAGGCAUCCAGCUCCCUCUCCUGACCUCUGUGGGUACUGCACUCAAGUGAUACAAGGCAGGAAAAGCACAUAUACACGUUAAUUUUUAAAAAGAUUUAAAUAAAUAAUAAUUUCCAAAGCAUGAAAAGAUUUCUUAAGAAAGGUGACAUUGUAUUUUUUCCCAAAAGUUUGUCUGACAAUGAAUAUAAAUGAUUCUCACCUGUUCCUGUAUUCACUAUGUUGUAGUAUCACUCACUUUAUAGCCUCUAGAAGACAGCCCUUUUCAUUGGUGAGAGUGAAAAAGAAACGUAACACUACGUGACUAGGAAAGACAUCCUGACAGAGGGUCAUUUGGGAGUCCUUUCCAAAGGGCCAAUACCUGGCCAAACAUGGUAGCCCACAUCUGUGAUCAUAGCACUUGGGAGGCUGAGGCAGAAGGAUUACCAUGAGGUCAAGGGCAGCUUGGGCUGCAGAAUGAGACUGUCUUAAAUAAACAAAGUCCAUUGCUGCCACCUUCCACAGACAUGAUUCACUGUGUCUGACAUGGUGCCAGCUCCAUCUGGAAUCUCGAGUGAUUCGUAGGUAGUUAGUAUAACGAUGCAGGAGUUCUGUGCUAGGCCUGAGUCCUGUGGAAAUCCACCCUGUGUGCUUCAGCACAGACAGUGAACCACUCCGCUGAAAUGCAGCUUCUGCACCUCACUUAGCUAAAUUUACUCAGGCUGUUCUCUUUAAGCUGAACCAUUCAUGAUGUAACCUGUGCCUUGCCUCCCAGCCACAGAUGAGGCAGGACUGGAAAGUGUGAAUGAGGUUUUAACUAAGGCUCAGGAAUGCCAAGAGGGAACCCGUGUGCAUAACUGGAUGUCCUGGAUCAGCCCUUUCUUUUGUAGUCCUAUUUUAAAGACGCUCUCUUCCCUAGCUCCAGCCUUCCACAUGCCACACCCUGUUUUUUAGGUGGGCGGUGUGGAAUAGAGGAUGAAGGAGAGCAUUUUCAUUUCGCCCUUAACCUAGGAAUUCAGCAGGUACCUAAUAGAAAACUAUUUAUUGUCAAUAAUGUUUACAUAGCAAUAUCAGAGCCCUCUUUAGCAAAUAGAAAUAAUUACGUUCUUAACAAAAAAAAGAGGAUAGUAAAAUCGAUAAUUUUAUCUUUCAAAUAUAGACAAAACCUUCUGAUUGUUAAUAUAGUCAGGAAUCUCUAAGGAAAUGUUUCAUAUAGGUCUAUCAUGAAACCUUUCUAUAUGCAUAGUUGUAAUUUAUGAAAGGCCUCUCACAAGAAUGUUUCUCAUGUAUCUACCAAAAAAGUAAAAAAAAGCCUCCUUUGUGGAUUUUCCAGUUCCUCAUUAACCAGAAGCUACAGGGGGUUUCUUGUGUAUCUUGUAGAGUACAUGCCAGUGGGAGGUUCCAAUAGGAAGAACAGUCAUCAGCAAUAACUUGUGUUUUUUUAAACUGUGAAAAUGUUAGUGUAAAGCAUGUUCUUGAUGAUAAUCAUCUGAUAAAGCUGUUUACUUGAAAAUUCAGAAGUUGUGAAGCUGCUAGACUCCUUACUACAGGUUGACUUUGGAAGCAUAAAUGGCCAAGGGAAGCAAAACCUGAAAUGAAUGAACAUCUUAGGCAUGGAAUGCAAUCUGACCCAAGUCAUUGCUUCAAAUCUGUCACUAGUCCUUUAUCUUGUGGAUAAGAUGGACAUACAGAAGUACAUGUCUGAUUUACACAUCCGAAUCUGCUAGCUAGAUUACUAUGCAUUCAAAGCUAAAAUAAUCUUACUUUAUCAGUCAGUGUGCGUCAUGAUGUUUCCAUACAUUGACAAUGCAGUAUGUGUGUAUUUAUUUUAGUGCCUUAAUAUAUUUUUGAUGUGGUAUUUUGCUAAUGGUUAAACGAACUGUUCUCUUAAAACACUGUUCAUUGAAAGGGUUUGUUAAAUGAUUUACACUUGUUAUAAAAUAGUACAUGUGAA